GCAAUUCUGGAAAACCAGGACUCAGGGGAAACUGAAUUCCACCAAGAUGAUGUUGUUUAUAGAAGAAGAACACAGAGGAGUGCCAUGAGCUGUGGUGGAAAUUGCUACUGGCCCAGAUCAGAAGAUGGCCUGGUCAAGAUCCCAGUUAAUAUCUCUCCUGAGUUUUCUAUGGAGCACAAGGAUGUGAUAAUUGAAGCUAUGAAAGAAUUUGUCACCCUGACAUGUAUCCGGUUUAUCAAACACACAGUAGAAUAUGACUACAUAAACGUUGUCCCUGGAGAUAGAUGCUGGUCCUACUUUGGAAAGAUUGGAGGCAGACAGCAACUCAGUUUGUUGAAACAUGGCUGCAUAUAUAAAGGAUUGAUUCAGCAUGAGCUCAACCAUGCACUAGGUUUUCUACAUGAACAAGCCCGGAGCGACCGAGAUAACUAUGUUAAAAUCAACUUGGAAUAUGUUGCCGAAGGAGAACAGGGGAAUUUUGAGAAAGAGAACACAACCAAUCUGGGUCUGCCAUAUGACUAUGAUUCAGUUAUGCAUUAUGGCGCGUAUGAUUUUUCUAAUACUGCUGGAAAACCAACCAUUGUCCCCAUUCCUAAUGGAUCUGUACCAAUUGGUCAGAGAGUAGGGCUGAGCAACUUGGAUGUGAAAAAAAUCAAUAAGCUCUACAAUUGCAAUUAUUGUAGCACUGUGCUACGUAAUCCAAGUGGCCAUUUCUGCUCCGAUAAUUACCCCCAUUCAUAUCCCAACAAUGUCACAUGCCUGUGGCUCAUCCAAAAUCUACAAGGAAAGGUCUUCUUGAGUUUUCAUGUUCUUGAUCUCCAAAAUUCCCCAAACUGCUCCUCUGAUUACAUCCGAAUUUAUGAUGGAAGCAGUAGAGAAGGCCAGAUUCUCAUUGACAAGUUUUGUGGGACAGGGCAAUUACCUGCUGUGGUGGCUUCUGGGAACACAAUGCUUGUGGAAUUUGUAAGUGAUGAGGAUGAGACUGCAAGAGGGUUCAUGGCCUCCUACACACAUGUAAAAUGUGGAGGAACAUUCACUAAUACUUCAGGAGCCAUUACUACUCCAAACUUUCCUAAAAGAUACCCUCCAAAUCAAGCUUGCCUGUGGAUUAUUAGUGCUCCUCCAGAAAACAAGAUAUCUUUAACCAUGACCUCUUUUGAACUGGAAGACAUUGAUGGCUGUAGAUAUGACAGACUUGUCCUUUAUGAUGGCAGCCAAAACAGUUCUCCACUUAUUGGCACUUUCUGUGGAAAAAUGGAAGUUCCCCGCUACACUUCAACUGAGAACUUUCUUCGUAUAGAGUUUUACACCGACUUUGCUUUUCAGUUUUCUGGAUUCAAACUGGACUACUCAAUUGAUUAA